CAUAUAGGAAAAAUAGGAAGUGUCAUAUAGUGUUUACGUAAACCAAAACUGUUGUUACGGGGUCCGGGGUCGUCGCGCGUGAUGACUAGUGACGGCUAACUCAAGGCUGACUGCAAGUUGCCUUCUGGUCAAGACGGCGUUUACAUUUUGUUAGGAUUAAGUAAAGGCAGAGGCCAAGGCUGUAACAUAAAGGCGAGGUGUUUGAGUCGAAUGAGAUGCCGCUUUCAGUGGAGGAAGCGGUUUCGUCGCCUGCCUUCAAGACCCAAGGAUUUGUGAAUGUUAUAGGCACUAAAAUUGACGAUGAACUGAGGUUACGUGUAAACUUGUUUGAAAGGGAGGACUUUGAGAAGUGGAAAGUAAUCUUCUCAGAGCUAACAUGCUCAAGCUUGAAUUGUGAGAAGCUAUUGCCUGCUGGAAAAGGUCGCAAAGUAGUGUUUGGGCAGCGCCUGAUAUGCCAGCAUGGCAGGAGACACAAAGGCAUUAAGAAGACAUAUACAGGAUGUACUUUCCGAAUGAUUGUCACUAUCAAGCCCGUGAACAAGCACACCCUCAAGAAGGACGAAACAGUGGCAACCCAUCCCGGUCUCAUUCGGAUAGUGGGAUGCCACAACCACACCACUACGGGCGAAGCGGCUCUGAAGGAGCUGCGUGUCCUGCCCAGCGUCGCACGCAGCUUUAACGAGUACUUUGAGCAAGGCAUGGGUGCUACUGAAGCCGCUCGCCAUCACAGCAGGAAACGGGCGGCUGAGGGAGACGCACUAGAGGUGGCUCGGAAGGACACGAAUCCAACGAGAAGAGCUGUGGAUUACAUGCUGCAGUUGUGGAAAAAGAACAAGCACAGAGGGCAAAACGACGCUGACGUGAUCCACUCGCUGAAGAGAUACGCCGCGGCCCAUCCCGAGCUCUCCAUUGACAUGCUGCAAACUGACGAGCAUUUCUGCGUCUCGCUGGUCACGCCCUUCAUGAAAAGAGCCCACAAGGAGAUCAGAGAGGCGGGGGAAGUGGUGUACGUGGACGGGGCCGUGUCGGUGGACGGACUCCACACGUGUGUCCGUCCGCUGCUCUGCGCCACUCCGGCCGGCGCCGCGCCCCUGGGCGUCAUCUUCACAUCAGCACAGGAUGAGGCGUGCCUAACAGCAGGGUUCAAGCUGCUGCAGAAGUCGUUGGGAGCUGAUAGCUUCUUCGGCAAGGGGAGGCCGGACUGUUUGAUGACGGACGACUCCGCGCCGGAGUGCAGCGCGCUGGCGGCCGUCUGGCCCGAGUCGCGGAUGUUUCCGUCUGUCUGCCACACGCUGCGGCAGGUGUGGCGAUGGCUCCAGGACAACAGGCACGGCAUUGACAAGGAUCAGCGCCAGCAACUGCUCAGUCUGACCAGGAGCCUUGUGAACGCCGGAUCGCCAGCGAGCUUCUCGGCCAUCUGGGAGACAUACCUAGCAGAUUCGAUGGCCCAAAGCUGUGAUUCCUUCAUAAGGUACAUGGGAGAGCUCAUGGAGCGACGAGCAGAGUGGGCCCUGGCCUUCAGAAGCUGCGAGGUGCUCCGAGGACACCGCAACUAUAACUUUGCGGAGGCUUCAGUGUGUGUGCUCAAACACAUCGUCCUGAACAGGUCGUCGAAGGCGGAGAACGCCUGUCAACUCGUGCUGUUAACCGAGGAGUGGGACGCCCUCGUGCGGCAGCGGCUGGCAGACGUGGCCCUCGGGCGGCGAGGGAAGAAAGCGACCGCCUGCGAGGCCACCGCCGGGCACCAGGGCUAUGACGUGGUGCAGACAGAAGGUGGGGAUGGCAGCUUCAAAGUGAAGGGCGAGGGCGAUGACACUCAGGUGUACGAUGUGGACCUCCAGACCGGCUGGUGUUCAUGCACCAAGGGCCAGACUGGAGCCGUGUGCCAGCACCAGACCGCGUGUGCCGAGCACGCCAUGACGAGGCUGCCGAAGGGGUACGUGGGUACCAAGGAGCGUCUCCGGCGGCUGGCGGCCGUGGCCACGGGCGAGGAGGCGGCACCGACGGAGGAUUUCUUCGCCUCCCUGUUUGAGCAGCAUGACUCUGACGGUCCGAGUGACGCUGCUGCUGAUCCAGGCACCACUGACGCUGCGUCUGACCCUCCCUCGGCCGAUGAGGCCAUGGAUGCGGCAUCGGAAGACGACGCUGUGAACGUCCAGCCGAAUCCUCGUCAGUCGCUGAUGGCACGGCCGAGCUCAGCUGUCGUGGACGCGCUUCUGUCGGCGUUUGGAGACAAAGUCCGGACUCUGGGAGACGGCAUGACGGAGGAAGGCGCCAGACAAAUGACCAGUAGGCUGAAACGGAUGCGCACAAGCGCCCAACUGAACAGCGCACUGUCCCAGUUUGGCGACGGUGUUGCAUGAACGAUACCGGCUCACUUUUAUCGCCAAAAGGCGGGAUGGAUGCCGAGGGGCGUCAUAGUCAUCGCCACUGGUCACCUGUCUGUCUUCAAGAGCAGUGAAACUGAGGAACAGGGCACAGAGCAUAGUAGCCAGCAUAACGUUACACCAAGUAAGUGUCGAGUUCUACGAAAGUACCCAAUCAGUGAAUAUUCUCGCGUGGUUUACAGUGUUUACCAGACCAGAUCAUUAACAUUGGUGCAUUGCUUCCUUGUGUUUCUUAAACGUGUUGAGUCUUUCAAGUGUGUAACGUGGUGAAUUUUGUAAGAUGAUGUUAUGAGUGCAACCGUUUUGUGAACCGUAUUCCACCAGCAGUGUAGAUACAUGAAGCGUAGUGAAGUGAAGAGGUGUAGACACGUGGAGCUUCUGUGUGCAUGGUCCGUAAAGCAUUGGGAGAGAAUGCGUGUUGCAUGUCCAUUGUGCUAUUUGCACAUGGUCGAUACUGGUGACUGAGGAUAGUCGAUAUGUUAUGCCAUGCAACCAUUGGUGAGCCUCGUAUUCGUUGUGUUUCAAUAAGGAUGUGAAUAAAACAUACGUGACUAUGAAAAA